CUCCUGCCCCCGCCCCAGUCACUCGGCUCUGCGGCCACCCGGCAGUAGGAGCACCCCGGGCGGCGGCGCGAAGGUCCUCGCCAUGUCUGCGGCCAUGAGACAGAGGUUCGACCGGUUUCUGCAGGAGAAGAACUGCAUGACCGACCUUUUGGCCAAGCUCGAGGGCAGGACCGGCGUGAACCGGAGAUACAUCGCGCUCGGUGUCAUCGGGCUGUUGGCUUUGUACCUGGUGUUCGGUUAUGGAGCCUCGCUCCUCUGCAACUUGAUAGGAUUUGGCUACCCAGCCUACGUCUCAAUUAAAGCCAUAGAGAGUCCCAACAAAGAAGAUGAUACCCAGUGGCUGACCUACUGGGUAGUGUAUGGUGUGUUCAGCAUUGCUGAAUUCUUCUCUGACCUUUUCCUGUCAUGGGUCCCCUUCUACUACAUGCUGAAGUGCGGCUUCCUGUUGUGGUGCAUGGCCCCAAGCCCUUCUAACGGGGCCGAACUGCUGUACAAGCGCAUCAUCCAACCUGUCUUCCUGAAGCAUGAGUCCCAGGUGGACACUAUGGUGAAUGACUUGAAGGACAAAGCCAAAGAGACUGUAGAUACCAUCACUAAAGAAGCCAAGAAAGCAGCAGUGAAUUUACUCGGUGAAGAAAAGAAGAGCACCUAAACCACUGACUGGAUGAAACCUUUCUGCCCUCACUGUACCUUCCUAUUAGCGCUUGGUAUUAUAUUAGGGACUGUGGUAUAAUCAUUUUAAUAAUGUUGCCUUGGAAACACUUUUGAUAUAUUAAAAAGAGGAAUGUGUUGGUUUUUUUGUUUUGCUUACUUUUAUUGUCUAUAUAUACAGGGAGCACUUAAAUUUAAUGCAAUGGGCAGUGUCCAAAUUUUUGGAAAAUAUAUUUUGCCUCUGGGUGGGAAAAGAUAAUGUUACCAUCCUGCAGGAAAUGCAAACUUGAAAUUAUAUAUCCCAUAGGCUUUGUACUUCAGCAGGCUCUCUCUGCAUGCAUUUUCUCUGUACUUACAUUUUAAGAUAAUCUUUAAGGUUCUACUUCAUGUAAUGUACAAUUUUGUAUUAAAUGUUUUUAAGAUAUUUGUGCAUACAUAUAUGUAGGGAAAUGUUACUGACUGUGACAUGUAUAAUGCUCAUAGGGAGCACCUGCCAAAAGCUAAAGGUUUCAGUGUGCUGGUGUGAUCUGUUAAGUAAGGCUUCAGAAAAUUAAUGCUGAUAUUUCCAAUGAAUAGUUAAGUGAUCAGUGAGGUUGAAUGGGGGCUGGCCUGGUUGUUCUAACACUGCAGCAGCUGAAUACCAGAAUAGCUCUGUUGUUCUAACACUGCAGCAGCUGAAUACCAGAAUAGCUCUGUAAAGCAGUCACUUUAGUGAUAAAUGGGGAAAGGUACCCACACACCAGUAAUACACAGCUCCCAAAUCCCUGUAGAACCAGUACUCUUGUCUUGUGGCCUUUUAAAAAAUUGUUUAUAAGCUUUAGAUUUGUCUGUUUUUAAGAUGCUAUAAUGGAAACCAUCCCUGGUUUCUCCGUCAGAGCUGAGUAACAUGGUUUAGUCUUGUUUUUUUACCUAGUCUUUUUUUUUUUUUUAACCAGUUUAAGGAAUCUCUAGACUUGCCCACCUUUGAUUACAUGUAUGUUCUCAUUUGUAUCAUUAGCAGUUACAUGCUAAUGAUGACACCAGGCUCUAAGAGCAAUUCUAGGAGAAUGAAGGAUGAUAUAACCUAUUAUCUGGUUGGUAGUGAAAUCAAACUGCCUUCACCUUCUUUCUCUGGUGUUUAAUGUCAAACACAAGAGGCCUCCCCAGUUUACAAGUCAGAAUCAUUUGUGGUCCAUUUAAAUGCCUUCAUCUUUAUAUUUCAUUUUGAUAAACUGCAGAUAACUACAUAGUUUAAGUACAGAACAAAAAGUUAAAAUUAAGGUUUCCAGCUUGAUUAGGCUGCUUUAAAAGGAAGCUCGACAACUCGUCUGAACGAGAAAACCCGAGCUUCACACCAACCAUACUGCUAGGAUCCUUCCGAAUUAGAUUACACUGACUAAAACAAAACUGAGUGUAACAAAAUGAAAACAAGUUUAAAUAUCCGGCCUGUAAAAUACCUCUUAAGGGAGAAAGAGAGGAUUAGUGUCUUUUGGAUAACAGUUAAGACCAUAAUGAAAUCUCAUGAUGUAAAAAAUAUCAAAGAUAUCCAGAAUUAGGGACACUAUCACCUAAAUAUUAUAAUAUAGAUUAGGGUAUUUAUUUUUUCCUGGUGAAACCGUGGUAAUCAUAAGGCAUUUUAUUAAACUUCAAGAAAAGAAAAACUUCUAGAAAACAAGCAAUUAAUGGUUAUUGGGAGUAAAAUCAAGCCUUAGAUUUAAAAAAAAAAAAGUACCUCUAGGAGUAUUUAAAUCUGUUUCCCCAUAGUAAAUUACACUUUUCUUGGUGGCAGAAGAAUGAAAAUCAGCAACUUCUAUCAUACAGAAUAUAUAAAAUCAGAUUGUUAGUAUACAGAAUAUAUAACUUUCAGUAUACAAAAUAUCAGGCAAGAUGGGGAAACAUAAAUGCUACUAUUGCUCAUAACUACUUACAGGCUGAUAUCAGUUUAAAAACUACAAUAGUAAGAAAAUAUAUUCUGAAUGCAAAUUUUUUGUCCUUUUAGCUUUUUCCUGUAGUGCAUUCUGUAAGAAAUAUAAGUUACUAUUUUGGCAGUCAAAGUGUACAUGUUAAUGACAGGAGAAGUUAAUGAGUGAGUUGAGCAAUUCUGUCUCAGUUUAGAUUUCCCAAAGAACAUAUUGCCAUGGCUAGAGUAUUUGGAAAACUAAUUGAGCCAGUAUCUAGCUAGAAGACGAGCAUUUAUUUGUAUAUGAAUGGUGAUUUAGGGGUAAGUAAAGUCAAAGAAUCUCCACAAUUCUCUCCCUACUUGAAAGCUUUCAGACCAAUAGUUACUGCUACUCUGAGAGGCUUCUAUCCAUAGCCUGAAGAGAAUGAGCAUAGCUCUUAAAUAGGUCACCGCCCGUCCUGAAGAUGUGAUAUAUUACAUGGAAAUGGAUGUAAAUAAAAUUCUGUUAUCCCAUUAAA